CAUAUCAACCAAGAUGUGAAUACACUUUCACCCGACGCAGUCGUGGGGAUCUAUAAAUACCUGCAAACAUCUUCAUCAACCAUCAACUUCACACAAGACAUUCUUUCGACCGUUUUAAUAUAGUGAGUGCAAGUGCGCCAACAUGAGUUCAUUUAAAUUAGUGAGCUGUACACUUGCACUAUGUUGUUUACUCAACGGAUCUCUUGGAGGGCAGCUCACUAAGCGUGACGCGCCUCUGUCUGGAGGAUAUCCUUCUGGCGGCCCGGCCAAUAGUUACUUGCCUCCAGGAGGCGCGUCCCAACCCUCUGGAAACUACGGUGCUCCUUCGGGAGGCUUUGGCGGAAAAUCGGGAGGUUUCGGAGGAUCGGGAGGUUUUGGUGGUGCUCCCUCCCAAAGCUAUGGUGCCCCUUCAGGUGGCUUUGGAGGCUCCUCCUCGUUCGGUAAAUCAGGAGGAUUUGGUGGAGCUCCCUCCCAAAGCUACGGCGCCCCAUCUGGAGGUUUCGGAGGUUCGUCAUCUUUCGGUAAAUCAUCAGGAGGAUUCGGUGGUGCACCUUCCCAAAGCUACGGUGCUCCUUCGGGAGGUUUUGGAGGCUCGUCCUCGUUUGGUAAAUCGGGAGGAUUCGGUGGUGCUCCUUCCCAAAGCUAUGGUGCUCCUUCGGGAGGUUUCGGAGGUUCAUCCUCUUUUGGUAAAUCGGGAGGAUUUGGUGGUGCUCCCUCUCAAAGCUACGGCGCUCCUUCGGGAGGUUUUGGAGGAAAAUCUAGCAGUUUCAGUAGUGCUCCCUCCCAGAGCUAUGGCGCUCCUUCAGGAGGUUUUGGAGGCAAAUCUGGCGGUUUCGGUGGUGCUCCCUCCCAAAGCUACGGCGCUCCUUCGGGAGGUUUUGGAGGCAAGUCUGGCGGUUUCGGUGGUGCUCCUUCUCAAAGCUAUGGUGCUCCUUCCGGAGGUUUCGGGGGUUCAUCCUCUUUUGGUAAAUCUGGCGGUUUUGGAGGAGCUCCCUCCCAAAGCUACGGUGCCCCAUCUGGAGGCUUUGGUGGAUCUUCCUCUUUCGGUAAAUCUAGCGGUUUCGGGCAUGGCUCUGGAGCUCCUUCUCAGAGCUACGGCGCUCCUAGCAGGUCUCAACCUCAGAGCAACUAUUUGCCACCCUCGACUAGCUACGGCACUCCCGUAAGCUCGGCCAAGAGCUCAGGAUCUUUCGGAGGUGCUCCGUCUCAGAGUUACGGUGCCCCAUCUCAAAGUCAUGCUCCUUCUCAAAGUUAUGGAGCUCCAAGCCGCUCGUUCAGCCAGGCUCCUUCUCAGAGCUACGGUGCCCCGUCUCAAGGACAUGCGCCUGCUCCCCAACAAUCUUACUCUGCCCCUAGUCAAAGUUACGGUGCUCCUUCUGGUGGUUUUGGAGGCGGUCAUGGCGGUUUUGGUGGACAGGGACAAGGAUUUGGAGGUGGGAGGAGUCAGCCUUCUCAGAGCUACGGUGCUCCUGCUCCUUCUCAAAGCUACGGGGCGCCGUCUGCCGGAGGUCAACAGUACGCAAGCAAUGGAGGAUAUUCAUAUUAAGGAUUCAGGACCGUUUGUACAUAGAUUUUUAAUUUAUUAAGGAAUGUGCAGUAUUAGUACUAACCAGAUUUUGUAUAAAUAAAAUGCUUUUUUAUUUAA